GACGCUGAAGUCGAUGAGGAGACCCGUGCAUUGCAAGCUAUGAUGGGCUUCGGUGGUUUCGGAACGACCAAGGGCGUGGAGGUCGAGGGCAACGACGUGGGCACAGCCAAGGUCAACAAGAAGCGGACGUGGCGCCAGUACAUGAACCGUCGCGGCGGCUUCAACCGUGCGCUCGACAGCAUGAAGUAG